AAGAGGAAGCAAUCCAUUUAUUCUCCACCUCGUCGACGGGUGUAUUGCUGUCAGUGCGUGUGUGUGCAGAAAUGUAGGAAGUAAGUAACUCUCCGACCGGGACGACGAGGACACGUUCAUCUUGAGUUUCUCUAAGAAGCUGUGAUUUAUACGAGCAAUAACGACGCCGAACUAUUGGGAAAUUACUUCCCCGUCAUUUAAAACUCGCUUUAGCACUCUCCGGGCUCACCUUUUUUUUGGGGGGGAGAAGCUCAGGUGAAGAUUUUUUUUUUUUUUUUUUUCCAAGUUGUGUGAUUGGAGUUCGUUCAGGCUUCCCGGAGCUGCGGAGAUCUUCCGUUUCUGUUCGCUGUCAACGAUAUUUUGGCUUUUAAAGAUGAAAUGACGCGUUUUCCACGACAGUGGGCAGUGAGUUAUGCUGAGGCUUGUCUCUGAGCAUCAGGAUGAGCACUACAGGUGGAGCAGGGCUCUCUGAUCAGGAUGGAGAGGCCCAUGUUGUGCAGAUCUACCCCAGGCUGGCCCAGGACACAGCUGCCUACUGUCCCCUGCAGGUCAGCGCUGGAGACACGGCGGAUGGGGUCAUCAACAACGCCGUGGUCACUUUGGGCCUGGACUCCAGCCUGAAGUACUGCCUCCUGGAGAUGAGGGAGAGCGGUGGAGAGGAGAGGCCGCUGGAGGCUGAGGACUGCCCCUUGGACCGGGUCCUGCUGUGGCCCCCAGAGACACAGAAGUGGCACCCUCGGAGCCAAGGGUACUACUUCAUUCUGCAGGAGCAGCAGGCCAACAGUGGAGGAAAGCAAGCAGAAACCAGCAAAGAGGAUUAUGAUGACCUCUGCAACCUCCCCACUGUGACUGAGGAGAGUGUUGUGGCCGUUUUACGCCAGCGCUUCUACAAGUACAAAAUCUACACCUAUGCCAGCAACAUCCUCAUAGCCAUUAAUCCCAAUAAGUUCCUGCCAGUUUACUACAACCCCAAGUAUAUCAAGAUGUACGAGAACCAGCCACUGGGCAAACUAAGCCCUCAUAUAUUUGCCAUAGCCGACGUGGCCUUCCGUGCGAUGCUGAACAGGCAGGUUAACCAGUGCAUUGUGAUAUCUGGUGAGAGUGGUUCAGGGAAGACUGAAAGCAGCAGUUAUCUCAUCCACUGCCUGACUGGACUCAGCCAGAAGACAUACUCCAGCGGGCUGGAACGGACCAUCCUAGGGGCCGGCCCGGUGUUAGAGGCCUUUGGCAACGCCAAGACUGCAGAGAAUAACAACUCCAGUCGCUUUGGGAAGUUAAUCCAGCUCAACUACCUGGAAAGUGGUGUCAUCAGAGGGGCAGUUAUUGAGAAGUACCUACUGGAAAAAGGUCGCCUGGUGUCUAGAGAUAAGAGUGAGAGGAACUACCAUGUGUUCUACUACCUGCUGAUGGGUGCGUCCAAAGAUGAAAAAGAGGCGUUUCAUCUAUUAAAGCCUCAGGAUUAUCUCUACCUCAACCAGGAGGACCUUGAUUUAGACGAUGACAAGAACCUUGGGCAGGAGUACAAGAGGCUCCAUCAAGCAAUGGAGAUGGUUGGCUUUCUGGAUUCCACAAAGAAACACAUAUUUUCCAUCAUCUCUGCCAUCCUGCACUUGGGCAAUGUGACGUUCACACUGUCAGAGGACACUCAGGUCCUGGAGGCUGGACCUGCUGAAGUCUUGUCUACGCUGUCAGACCUGUUAAAGGUGAAAAAUGAACUCCUGCUGAUGGCUUUGACCAAGAGGAGAGUAGUGACUGCCAGCUCCUCUGUAGUUUCACAGUACACACUACAAGAGGCUAUUGCAAUGCGAGACUCCAUGGCCAAAUCUUUAUACGGUGCUCUGUUUGACUGGAUCAUUCUUCAUAUCAAUCACGCAAUGCUCAACAGACGAGACAUGGAGGAGUCCAUCUCUUGUUUGUCCAUUGGUGUCUUGGAUAUGUUUGGGUUUGAGAACCUCCAGACAAACAGUUUUGAGCAGCUGUGCAUCAACUACAGCAAUGAAACGCUGCAGUAUUACAUCAACCAGAACAUCUUCAUACUUGAGCAAGAAGAUUACCUGUCAGAGGGUAUCAGCUGGCAAAACAUCAACUUUGCUGACAACAGUGGCUGCAUUCAGCUCAUCAGCAAGGAGUCAGUUGGACUCUUUGACCUACUGGAUCAGGAGAGCAGCCUCCCUCAGGCCACAGAUGAAACCCUGAUGGACAAGUUAAAGCAGCAAAAUCAGGACAAUCCACUCUUUGUACCCUCUCAAAAUACAGAGCCAACUUUCGUCAUUCAACACUUUGCUGGGGGAGUUGAAUAUCACAUCAAGGAUUUCGGAAAGAAAAACACAGAACACAUGCGUCCUGAAGUCGUAUCACUGCUACGAAGCAGUGGGCUCUCGUUCCUGCAUCACAUGGUUGCAUCCAGUCCAGAAGCCCUGUUCAGAUGGGGCAUCCUCCGAGCAACCAUCCGCAUCCUCACAGUAUUCAAGAGCCUGGGACGCCAGCGGGCAGAAUUGAUAGCUUCAAAACGAAACUCCCGCAAGUCUCUCAAAGACACAAAACAGUACAGCAGUAAUGUGGCCAGGCUGUCCAGCAAAAGCGAGCCUCUGGAUUUCUCCUUUGAUCGCUCUGAUGAACAUCCUAUUGAUUUAUUUGAGGACAUCUUUGUCACUCAUGAAAAAAGAAAGAAAAGUAGAGGCGGACGACAGAAGCAGCUUAUUCCAAAGAACCUCAUGAAUUUGCGUUCACUCCAACACAUUGUUGGUGUUGCGGCACAUGACAGAACCAGCAAGUCCAUCUUCCACCCUCACCGGAGAUCAAACCUCCCUACAGUUAAUGCUCAGUUUCAGGCGUCACUCAGAAAGCUGAUGAAGACAAUUGAAAAAGCAGAACCUUUCUUCAUUUUCUGCGUUCGAUCUAACGCUGAAAAGAAAGAGAUGCAGUUUGACGAUGAACUUGUGCUCAACCAAAUCAAGUAUACAGGCAUAUUGCAGAUGAUACACAUUCAGAAGUCUGGUUACAGUGCCAAAUACACAUUUAAGGAAUUUGUUGGGAAGUUUAGGAUGUUGCUUCCAAAAGGAACCGCUGCAACUCCCGAGCACAUAACUGAACUGUUUGAGAGGAUGGAGCUGGAUAAGAGUACCUACCAAAUAGGAAAAACCAAGGUUUUCCUCAAGGAAAAGGAACGGCAACUGCUUCAAGACACUCUCAACAAAGAAGUAAUACAUCACAUCAUCAUCCUGCAACGCUGGUUCCGCGCAUGUCUGAUACGGUCGCGCUUUCUGCAAGAAAGAGACGCCUCUAUGAUCAUACAGAGGUGCUGGCGUGAGUUUUAUGUUAAACAAAACCGAGCUGCUACAGUGAUCCAAACAGCGUGGAAGAGUUCUCUGAAGAGGUCAAAGAAGCAGCAUGAGGAGGAUGAAGAGAAGUCCAGAGGCCGGCCUAGCCGAGACAGUUUGGCAAAAAAGGAGCUGAAGAGGCAGCACAAAGUGGAAAUCAGCCCCUGCAGGACCCAGGAGCCUGAGCCAGGCAGGAGCAGGAGUAAGGAUAAACAAGAAGGCAGAGGAUCUCCUCCCCCACUCCACAGACCCCUCUCCCUCCCUCUGGACCCCAAAGUUAGCACUGAUGAUUUCUCCAUCAGCCCCACUAAGAGCAGCUCACUUCAGCGCUACAAAGAUGUAGGGGGCAUCAAGGAAAAGGCCGAGAAGUGGAGAGAAAGACAGAGUGAAGGUGAACCAACAGAUGAAUCCAGUCCUGAAAUACGGCGACGAAGAGAUAGGAAAAGAGAUGACUUUUACCGGAAAGCGAAGUCCAUGUCUGCUGAUGAACUGUCCAAGAUCAGCUCAUCAGGCUCUGAUAGCUCACCUUCUGCCUCUGAGGUCAGGGUGCGUCCCCGCAAGCAGAACCAACGCAGGCGGCGCUUAGCCUACGCCCGCAGCGGUUUGGUGAUUAACUUUGCGGGCUCCAAGGAGAGCGAGUACUGGAGCUUUCCACUGCCUCCCAUCAGCCCCCUUGUGCCUGGCCUGAAGAGUUCAGCUAGUAGCAUCGAUGUCCGGGCCCGCAAAUCCCAGGUCAAGAUACCAUCAGAGCCUGAUGGCUCAAGGUACAGCCUUCCACCCAGAACCAGUAAUGAGCACUCCAGACAACAGACGUCUAACCAGUCACAACUCACAACCCCUGACAGAGUUUGGUUUCUCAGUAAAUUCCUGAGGAAACGUUCACCUAAACUUUCCCCGAGCAGUGACUCUCCUACAAAUAAAACCGUCACUUUAUCCGGCUACACUCCGCAUCCUUACCACACAUCAAAUCAAACCAGUGGGAGGGUCAAUCGCAACCCCACCAUUCGAAUCAGCCGAGCCACACGGGCGUUACAGUGGGACGCAUCCCUGGACCGAGAGAUCACUGACUCCAAGGAGCUGCGAAACCUGGACGAGUUCCUUGGCAAUCAGGUGAACGAGCUGCGAACAAGAAUAAAAGAGUUGUCGCCAACAGAGAGCAUUUUCCUCAAUGCCACAAUGCAGUUCAGAGAGACCAUCAAAGGCAUGUACUCUGUCCAGAAGCCCAAAAUUGGUUAUAAAGAUUUGAUGAAGGGCUACCACAACAAAGUGAACACACUAGCAGGACCCAAGGAGAGGGGAGAAGUGUCACUGGUGGUGAACCUGUUCCAGUCUGUGCUGGACGGCUUCAUCAGGGGCGAAAUAAAGCGGGUGGAGUCUGAACCAAGCAAGGCUACUAAGACGACAAAGAAAAGGAGGAAAAAGAAUAAAUGUCCUGAUAGUCCUCUGGAUCACCUGUUCAGCACAUACCAGGUGAACAUUAUGCAGUCAUGUGACUUGUGUGGCUCCUACAUCUGGGGAAUGGAGAAAGCCUACAUGUGCAGCGCUUGCAAGUUAAUAUGUCACAAAAAAUGCCUGAAACAAAUCAUAACAGAUUGCUCAACACGUUGUGCCAUGAAGGAUGACAAUGUCCCUGGCUCCCUUCAUUUUGGGGUGCAAGUGUGCGUCCUCACCAACAAAGCCACCCCUGUGCCCAAAGUGGUGGAGUUGUUGCUGAUGCAUGUGGAGCUAAACGGCCUCUACACUGAGGGCAUUUACCGCAAAUCGGGCUCAGCCUGUCGAGCAAGGGAGCUCCACCAGAUUCUGGAGACCAAUCCAGAGGGAGCAUGCUUGGAUAACUACCCCAUCCAUACCAUCACAGGCCUUGUUAAACGCUGGCUCAGGGACCUGCCAGAUCCCCUCAUGACCUUUUCUCUCUACAGCGACUUUCUGCAUGCCGUGGAGUUGCCAGAGAAAGCUGAGAGAAUAAGGGCUGUAUACAAACUGAUUGAUGAGCUUCCUCCUGCUAAUUACAACACGUUGGAGCGGCUUAUCUUUCACCUUGUCAGGGUUGCAAAAGAAGAAGAGCACAAUAAAAUGUCGCCAAGCUCUCUUGCUAUCGUGUUUGCUCCCUGCGUCCUGCGUUCACCUGAUGCUAAUGACCCCUUCCUUGGUAUGAAGGAUGUGUCCAAGACCACACUCUGUGUGGAAAUCCUGAUCUCUGAGCAGUUCAGGCGCUACAAAGAGAAGAUGCAGAAUAUUCAAGAACUGGAAUAUGCAGAGGCCCUGGCUGUCAAUCAGCUCAAACUGAGGAGACAAAACACGGUUGUUGAAAAGCCUUCACAGCUGGAUGUUCCACAGCAAACACAUUCAGAUGAAACGGAGAUGACCCUCAUUGAAAGGAUCAAGUCCAUCAAACAAGAAAAAGUGGACUUGGCCUGCACCUUACCUAACCUGGAGCAGGAGAACUCUGACAAUGACAACCUAGACUCAUCAUCAUCGAUGAGCACAGAGAGCCUCGAUGACCGUCUGGGGAGCUUGGAAUCGGAAGGAAAGGCAAAUGUGCAGUUGAAAACCCGGAAACCCGACUGCCCACAGAAACCUCCUGACCUGGCACAGCGAGUCAGAAGUCUAAUGGCUCUAACAGACAAUGAACAGAGAGAGCUCACAUCAGGACAAAAGACAGAUGUCACCCAGUCCAUGUGUUUUCUGCCCAGCCAAGACACCCCCAUCCAAACCAGCAAGCCCCAAGACACCGGCAAGACUUUAAAUGGUAGCUUUGACGACCUGGACAUCCCUUAUAUUGAUGAGGAUGAAGAUCCAAGCUGAACAUAGCAGCACAAGCUGUAACAAUUUGAGUCUUCCCAAGUAUGUGCUAAUAGAAGAAAAAGAAAUACGCACUUUGUUUUACAGACUUUUCCAUUUGUCAGUGCUGCUAUGGAAACAAAGUGCUUUGAGAAUUUUGAUGUAUUUAAUGGGAGGUUAUGCUGACUGUUCCUUCAGGUUUUUAUAGCAGAUCUGAAGAACUACUUGUCAUCUUUAUAUCAAUAUGCUGCAUGUGAUUUUAAAUAUGUUUCAUUAUCUGUACAGCAAACAUUUUAUAAAUUGCAGAUAUUAUCUUCUGUGUUAAGAACUCUGUAUAGGGAAAACAGGACAACAUGAUGAGGAGCAAUCAAGCACACAAGAGCCUCCUUUACUAAAGGACAACACUCUGGGCACCAUUAUUGUGGUACUAAUGGGAGUUUAUUUUGUUUGUGGGGGGAAAAAAAAUAUUGAAACUGUACCAGAAACGUUCUAACCUUGUACAUAGAGUGCUUCUCCAGUGUACAGAGUGUGAUGCUGCAUUUUGGGCUUGCACUGUUGUGUGUCUGAAACCCUUUAGUUAUGUUUUCUUUUUUUCCCCAAUUUCUUAUGGUAUACAUAAAGCUGUGACUGAUCACUGAUUCAGUAAAGCUGUAAAGGAAGUGUUACCUUUUAGAUUGACUGACUAUUUUUUGUUAUUGCAGGCUGUUCAGCUUCACCCAGGAAACUUCUUUCUACACAUUGUUUUAUUAAUUUUAAGUGCAUGCAUGUAUAUUUUGUAGGGCGUAGGACUGAUGGAUAUUAUGGUGGGCAUCCCCAAAUCCGACUUAUGUCACCAGCUGCAAUAAAUGAACAACUGACAAGUGCCUCUUGCUGUGAUGCUAAUAACAGUAACAAAAACUGUCCUCCCUUGAACAAUAACCAGCUUUUUGGUUGUCUCUUGAUGUAUGACAUGUUCUUAUCAGAAAUUAGAAGUACUUUGGUAUCACUCUGACAAACACAAACUGCAUUUGAUAGAGGAAUUAAAAAAAAAAAAAAAAAAAGUGCUCAAAAUAUGUAAAGGAUGGAAUAGAAAAAAUGACUUUUUGGUUAGAAUUUUGAAAUGUAUGACCAAUAGUAUGUGAUUGUUAUUAAAAUGUUGAUGCUUUUUCAA